AUGGACAAGACACAGGCAUGCACCAAAACCAACACAACAACCAACAGUUCAAAACCCUGCACAACAACCACCUCCACAACCAGCACAACAACCAACACAAACCAGCACAACCAACAGUUCAAAACCCUGCACCAACAACCACAAACAGAGCAAGGACAUAAAAGAAGUAGAGAACAAGGAAACCAAGAAUUCUUAAAAAUGCUUAAAGAAGAGUGUGGUUUCCCAGAUACUGUUGACUUUAGUGACAGAUAUAAAGAAGCUAUUGAAAGUUCAAGGAUGGAAAUACUGACCCGAACCUAUUUAGCUUUAUGGCUCAGCACCAAAGGAUAUAAUUCAAACCUGGAAAAUACAAGCUCGCUAAGGGAUAUGAUUUAA